CCAUCUUUCCCUAUAGUCCCCCUCUUCCACCACCUUCACUUCGGAAACUUCCAACUACCUACCUCACAGAUUUUGACCUCACUUGAACCUUUCAUCAUUUCCCCUGAGUGAUUGAUGAGGGAGUCAAAUUCAAGAUGGAUAUCAAAGACAUCUCCGGCGAAGCAAGAUUUCGCGAGUGGCUCGAUCAGCUCAUGAAAAUUGCGGCGCAAGCAAGCAGUCGAAAGGGUGAAAUUCCUCGAGAACACCCUCACCCUAACCUCCUCGUUUCCCAGUUCCUGAUGAAACGUGACUACCGUAUCAUGAAAACUGAUGGUGAAGGGUAUCAUACGAUGACCACAACGCAGAUUCCUUUCCCUUACCCGCCCAGUGUCCGUCCCAUGAAGGAACUUAAGCCUCUGAUGGUAUCGUCCAUGAAACUUGAGCACCAUCAUCGAGGAAGCCGAGCCUUGCUUCACGUUCUGUCACCGCCCGACCGCCUCAACGCAGUCAUGGCUAUCGUCGAAGAUGAAGAGGGCACUGCGGUUAUGCUUCAGCUCUAUAACCAGCCCGAGGAGGCCAAGGUUAGCAAGGAACUUAUUCUACGGGAAGGAGAUGUCUGCAUGGUCAAGGAGCCGUUUUUCAAGGUGACUACCGAUGGAAAAUACAGUGUGCGAGUCGACCAUGUCAGCGACAUCAUCUGGCUGCAGGAAACCGACUCUCGCAUCCCCCUGAAGUGGAGAAAGCGAGUUUUGAGUCUUGACGAGGGCUCCCAUGGCAUACGGAAGCAGGGCAAUGAUGCAGUAAAAAAGCAGAACUGGGCUGAAUCAGAACAUCUAUACACAAACGCCAUACGCAGUGCCAAGACCACAGAAGAAGAACAGUUGGCGUAUCUCAACCGCUCUCUCUCAAACCUUCGUCUCGGGAGACCGGAGAAAGCCCUUGCAGAUGCACAUAAGAGCACUACGGACACAGCCAAUCCAGGAGAGAAAGCCCUGUAUAGAGAGGCCAAGGCCCUCUACUCACUUGGGAAGUUCGAUCUAUGUAUGGAGAAGCUGAUGGCCCUAGUGCGUUCCAAUCCCAAGAAUUCGGACGCGUGGGCCGAGAUUAGACGAGUGAAAGACCGUCUCCGCGAGGAAAAUGAAGGAUCGUACCAGUUUAAAAAGAUGUACGAGCAGGCCAAAGCUACUCCACCCUUGAUAGACUGUGCAACAUACGCCAAGCCGGUGGCUGUCCGUGAUUCACCCGGUCGAGGCAAGGGUCUCUUCACUACGAAGCAGGUCAAGGCGGGCGAUCUCCUCCUAUGCGAGAAGGCGUUCGCGUACAGCUACGCUGGCGACGAUAGCCCCAUUGGCCGGUCGAACCAAACUAUCCUGAUGAACCUGGGCAACAAGUACAUGUGCAUGGGCGGACAGGCAAAUCUCAUCGGUCAGGUUGUCCAGAAGAUAUACCACAACCAUUCUGGAGCAGACGCAUUCACUAGCCUGCAUCAUGGAGACUAUGUCCCCGUUGCGGAGUCCGAGGUUGAUGGCGCUCCUGUCGUUGAUACAUUCCUCGUCGCGAAGAUCAUCCAGCAAAACUGCUUCGGCGCCCCACGGACCUCCUACCAAAGCACCUCGGAAGCCGCGCGCGACACCGACGAGCUGCUGAAGCGCGACAAGUCCUCCCCCGCCACCGCCCACUCCACCUGCGGCGUCUGGCCCACUGCCUCGCGCAUCAACCACUCCUGCGUCGGCAACUGCGAACGCUCCUUCAUCGGCGACAUGCAGAUCGUGCGGGCGAGCGAGGACAUCGCCGCCGGCGCCGAGCUCUUCUUCCGCUACCAGCCCCACCGCCUCCACACGACCCACGACGAGUUCCAGAAGCAGCUCCGCGGCUGGGGCUUCGUCUGCGGCUGCUCGCUGUGCCAGGACAAGAAGGUGACGCCGCCCCGCACCGUCCGCGAGCGCAAGGCCCUCUACGACUCCCUGAAGCCGCUGCUGAAGCCCGGCGCGUCGGUGGCGCAGCUCACGCGCGCGCGCGGGAUCCUCGAGGCGCUGGAUCAGCUGUACACGCAUGCGCCGCGGCUGCCGCGCGCGGAGGUCUGGGACCCGUACUGCAUGCUGGGGAACCAGCUGGUCGAGAAGGGGCAGCUGGUCGAGGGGCUGGAGAUGAUUCUGCGCGGGCUCGAGGCGCUCGGGUUCACGAUCGUCGCGUACCCUCCGCGGGAAGCGGACGGUGGCGGGAAUGGCGAGAAGAAGAAGACCAAGAAGAAGGCGGUGCUGCAGGUGAAGCGCUGGGGAGAGGCGGGCAAGUACAACGUGGAUAUGUUUUGUGCGAUGGCGUAUGUGUACGACCAGCUCGCGCCGGAGCUCUGCGGCGUGGCUAAGGGCUAUGCCCGCACGGCGUACUGCAUCUUCGUCGGCGAGAAAGAGACGGUCGGCUCACAGUAUCCGGUUCUUGCGUAGGCGGCGGGGAUCGGUGGUGUGGAAGGCAGGGACGGUGAUGGAGGUGCCUGCUCUUGGGUGCCUAGUUGGGCAGGCGCUGCAAAUGUCGUCGGGGAUGACUUUGCAGCAUAAGGCAGACAGGAAGGAGUUCUGCCUCGGACUCUUCAGGGGGUUUGUCAUUAUAGACACGAUUACUAAUAACUGUUUAAUAUAAC